CUGGUGAUCAUGAAAUCAAUUUACGUCCUUGCCAAAAGAUGAUGCUGAUACGUUUUACAUUUUUAUAAGUUUGGCUCAUAUGUUAUAUGAACAAUCAAUGGAUUCUUUGUUUGGGUUUUAAACCAAUCACGUGACACAUAUUAAUCAGGAAGUAUAUGAGGACAAUCAAACAAAAUGUCAGACUUUAAUGCAUUGGAAGUAACAUAAUGUGAAAGGAAAAUAACUUUACAGAUACAAUGGAGAAAAUGUUAUCACUAUUUUUGAUACUUUUCAUUCGUGUUUUAACGAUUAACUGUGACCCAUGCCUUACAUAUAAAGUUUUGGAUACACAAAAUGAAGACGCUAGGUCCGUAGCAAAUGCAGCCUUACCGUCCGCCAUAUGCGACAAUACAUUAGAAGCUGGCUGGUACCGUGUCACUAGCUAUGCGGGAGAAAGAAUGCCAACAGAAUGCGUUUAUGGCGGAAUGAGGUGUGGAACAUCUAUGUCAAUAUGGAUGAAUGGAACAUACCCAGACACUGGAGAUGUGAAGACAGUUCAAGCAUGCGCAGCACAUUACGAUGGAGAUUGUUGUAAACACUCUUAUGACAUAGAGGUCAAGAACUGCACAGAUUACCUUGUGUACAAUUUACUUCCAGUAUCAUCAUGCUAUCAGGCGUAUUGCUUUGGUUCCGAAUUGGCAUGCCCUGCAGGUGAAACAUCAGACAACAACGGGUUUACCCCUGGAUGUAGAUAUGAAGAAUGCCUCGAGGAAAAUCAUCAAACUUUAGAUCAUUGGGAACGAUCAGUUAACAAUGCAGACAUAGGAAAUCUAUGUGAUAAUACCCUUACACCAGGAUGGUACCGUCCAAUAAGUGCCGUAGGAAAUACUAUGCCAACAGAAUGUCCAGUAGGUGGAUACAAAUGCGGAACCAGUUCUCCAAUAUGGAUGGAUGGAUCCUACCCGUCUUCCGGCGAAAUUGCAAAUGUAACGGCGUGUGUUGGAAAUUAUAACGGAGGAUGUUGUACUAGUUCUUAUGACAUCCAGGUUAAGAACUGUGACGAGUUUUACAUAUACAACUUGAAACCUACAAGUGGAUGCUACCAAGCAUAUUGCUUCGGUACCGAGGUAAAAUGUCCAGUUGGGGAAACAUCUGACAAUGAAGGGUUUACACCAGGAUGUGAAUUCGACCCAUGUCAUAGCAGUAACUACGGUAUCCUCGAAGGGGAAAUGAAACGGUCAUCGAACUAUACACUACAGACGACUGACGUGGCGAUAGAGGACAGUCGAUUAACAACAGGAUGGUACAAGAUCGACAGUGUAACCGGAAAUGACAUAGUCAAUGAAACCGUUGGUAUGAUGCAGUGUGGAACCUUAUAUCCGCUUUGGAUGGAAGGAAGCCUACCUGAUGUUUCUGACAAAACCGUUGACAGAAAAGUAUGUCAAUCAGGAUUAUAUACCACAUGUGACAAGGAGUAUGAUAUCAAAGUUAGAAAUUGUGGUAACUACAGGACCUACUAUUUGACGCAGUUGAAUGUUGAUAAAUCGGCCUACUGCUUUGGUACAUUCCCUGUUCCUGACCCUACAACCACCACAGCCACCACCACCAUUUCCAGAAAACCGCCACCAGGAGGCAACAAUUCACAUAAAGAUGACGAGGACGACAAAGAUGACAAGCCUUAUAUAUGGGUCAUUGUUGGUAUGCUUGCAGUACUUUCCACAAUAUUGCUGGCUAUACUUCUUGUAAAAUUCUUCUUACAAAGAACCGUAUCUAAGCGCGCGGUCAGCUUUGUCGAUGUAAAGGGAAAACUUCCAACGUAUGACGAGGCGAUACUUCAAAACGAAAAAAAUAUUGGUUUGCAGAUGGUUCAAACAGUAACUCCAAGCAACCCUGCGAAUCAGUUCAUAGGAAGUAUGACAUCAGUUCCACCAAACAGUACAAAUUACGGACAAAUGAAAUCAUAUUAAAUACUACAAGAGAAAGUCAUUGAAAUAACUAGACGAGAAUUGCCUCAAGGACAACAAAUAACAUGUUAUUCUCUGUAAAAUGUUCUGAAUCCAAAAGAAAAUUUGUUUUGUGGAUUGUAUAUUUCUGUUUCCCAACAGAUCAAUCGGAUAACCUGUCUGUUGUAAUAGUAUCUGCAUAAUCGUUGAUAAGUGAAUACUGUUUUUUUUUAUAUAUUUAGAAGUGUUUACAAAUAUUCAUAUUCAUCAAUUAAACAUCCAUGGUUUUCAAAGGACUCGUAAACGUGAUCGUUGUAUUUCAAUUUACUAACAAGUACUUGUUUUACAUUUUGUUGAACAUUAAUUUAGUUUUAAUUAUUGAGAACUUCUACUGUGUUUCUUUUUAAUAUAUUAAUGCAUCGCUAUGGUACACUGUCUUCGAUACCGUCCGUAUAGUUUUGUUAUGUUUACAUUUUCCUUUUAUAUACUGUUAAAAUUAUGUUUUUUUUUAAUUACGUUUUUAAUAUCUAUUUUGGUAGAUUAUGCAUCUAUGUAUUGUUUUAAAAUAUCUAAAAUUAUCAAACCUGUCUUUGUUGGUGUAUAAGAGAUAUGUAUGAUAACAAACAAUGGUUGAGUUUAUGUUUUACCAGUUGUUUAUUCCUGACAAAUAUGGAAAUGAUGUACUUAUUGUUUUUUAAGAUUGUUGUUUUGCUGACUCAACAUCAAUUGUAAUUAAAAUAUUCAAUCACAUAUCAUAUUGCCUUGGUUUUGAUACCUGAAAAGCUACCUAUAUAUUGGACUUUUUAUGAAUAGUCAGUGUCAUAAAUAAGUUAUCAUUGGGGAAAAAGGUUUGAUAAAUCAUAAAAUGCAUAAAUACAAAAGGAACUUUGCAAUCAAUAGAUAAUGAUAUUGCCACUACACUAAAUGUGUAUUGGCAUACAAUUAUUACGAAUCAUUCACAAUGAAGUCUUAUUUAACUGAAUACAAAUUUAGCUCCUGAUUAACACCGUUUGAACUUUGGAUAAAUAUAUUAUGAAUUAUUUUAAAUGAUUUAAUAGAAGUAAGCUUCUGUUUUUCUGGGCAGCAGUGAAAGCGCGUCAUUUUAUUUUGCUAGUUAUAUAAUGUUACUGAAUUUUCAUCUGAAUUCAAAAAAGUAUAUCUACACUCAAAUGUACCAAGGUUGAAACGCAUCAAAAGGAUAUAAUCAGUUUUAAUAUUUACUGAGAUAUUCUUUUCAUUUAUUGCUCAUUAUAAAAACGAUCUACAGAUACAAUACUAUAUAAUAUAAGACAGAUUUAAAAUCAUGACUUUGUUGUUUUAAUAAACAUUUGGUUAAAUUG